UCCAAUCGGGUUCUCAGGGUCUUAUGCAAGGGAACCCUCCGCAGCUUCCGCUUUUUCUGCCUGGUUUUGUGUGCGAGGAGGCGCUGCGCGCAGGCAGCUCUUCCUUUUUUAGCUGCUCUUCGAGGAGAAAUUCUUUUUUCCGUGUUACAAGCUGAAACAGGUCUGGACACAUGGGAAGGCACAGAGUAGCAGAGCGAAGUAGUUUCGUAGUCGGAUAUGAAGAAUCAACAGUUCCCCAGCAGCACUUCCUCAAAGGCCCAUGGUGGUGGUGCCUGUUCCCAGUCCCAAGGUGGCACUUUCUCUCCAUUGCACGAUCUCUCCUCACAGUCUCCAGGCACAUCCAGUUCCUCCACCAGCACAGUGCCAUCUUCCAGCCAGUCCUCACAUUCCAGCUGUGGGACGCUGAGCUCUUUAGAGACAGUGUCCACUCAGGAGCUCUGUUCUAUUCCUGAGGACCAAGAGCCUGAGGAUCCUGGUCCUGUCCCCUGGGCUCGGUUAUGGUCUCUUCAGGAUGGAUUCUCCAAUCUAGACUGUGUUAGCGACAACUACUGGUUUGGGAGGGAUAAAAGCUGUGAGUAUUGCUUUGAUGGACCACUGCUGAGAAAGACUGAGAAGUAUCGGACGUACAGCAAGAAGCACUUCCGCAUCUUCAGGGAAAUGGGCCCUAAAAAUUCUUACAUUGUGUAUAUAGAAGAUCACAGCGGGAAUGGAACCUUUGUAAACACUGAGCUCAUAGGGAAAGGGAAACGCCGUCCUUUGAGUAACAACUCUGAAAUCGCACUUUCUUUGUGUAGAAAUAAAGUUUUUGUAUUUUUUGAUCUGACUGUAGAUGAUCAGUCAGUUUAUCCUAAGGAAUUAAGAGAUGAAUACAUCAUGUCAAAAACUCUUGGAAGUGGUGCUUGUGGGGAGGUAAAAAUGGCUUUUGAGCGGAGAACGUGCAGGAAAGUAGCCAUAAAGAUCAUCAGCAAACGGAAGUUUGCUCUCGGCUCGUCGAGAGAAGCAGACAUGGCUCCCAGUGUUGAAACUGAAAUAGAAAUUUUGAAAAAACUAAAUCACCCUUGCAUCAUCCAGAUUAAAGAUGUUUUUGAUGCAGAAGAUUAUUACAUUGUUCUGGAGUUGAUGGAAGGUGGAGAGCUCUUUGACCGGGUGGUGAGCAAACGCCUGAAGGAAGCAACCUGCAAGCUCUAUUUCUACCAGAUGCUUUUGGCUGUACAGUACCUUCACGAAAAUGGGAUUAUACAUCGGGACCUAAAGCCAGAGAAUGUUCUUUUGUCUUCUCAAGAAGAGGACUGCCUUAUCAAGAUCACUGAUUUUGGACAGUCCAAGAUUUUGGGGGAGACAUCACUGAUGAGAACUUUAUGUGGUACGCCCACUUACCUGGCUCCUGAGGUCCUUGUCUCCAAUGGGACUGCUGGGUACAGCCGUGCGGUAGACUGCUGGAGCUUAGGAGUUAUUCUUUUUAUCUGCCUCAGUGGGUAUCCGCCUUUCUCUGAGCAUAAGACUCAAGUGUCACUGAAGGAUCAAAUCACCAGUGGAAAAUACAACUUUAUUCCUGAAGUCUGGACAGAUGUUUCAGAGAAGGCUCUGGACCUUGUCAAGAAACUGUUGGUUGUGGAUCCAAAAUCUAGGUUUACCACUGAAGAAGCCUUGAAUCAUCCAUGGCUACAGGAUGAGUGCAUGAAGAGAAAAUUUCAGGAUCUACUGGCUCGGGAGAAGAAUGUGAUGGCCCUCCCCCUGACUCCCGCUCAGCCUUCCAGUCGAAAGCGGCCCCUGGAACGGGAAGUGGAAGAUGUUGAGAGCAGAAAGUACCGCGCCGUAUGUGAUGAACUGGUUUGAACUUAAAUGGUGGUGCAUGCCUUUAAAUCCCAGUACUGGGGAGGCAGAGGCAGGUGGAUCACUGUGAGUCUGAUGCCAGCCUGGUCUACGGAGCAAGUUCCAGGACAACCAGGGCUGUUACACAGAGAAAUCCUGUCUCGCAAAACCAAAAAGGAAAAAAAAAAAAAGGAAGAAAUGUGCUUUUUUUCAUACUGCUGUUGUCUUUUCCACUUAAAAAAAAUUUUUUUUUUUUUUAAGGCUAUGUCUUUUAAUGGUGAGAAUGACUGCUUUUCCAUCACUGAUACUAUUAUGUAUCAUGGAGUCCCCCCAUAACUAACUAGGAGACCGAGUCCUGUAUAUAAAAGCAAAGAGCCUUAUUCUUACACAAGUUUGCAAACUUGGGCUCUCCAUGUGUCUAUCAUAUUGGAGUAUUUGGAGAGUUGGCUUACUUAGGGUUGGUUUUUCGUAGUAGCAAAGGUCGGGGUGAGGGAUUUCUAAGGUUCAGGACCCUUGCUUGGCUGACAUUUGUCCUGGUGAAAAGCAGUGGGGGUGUGCUGGCAGAUGAUCCUAUCUACAACUGUUAGAACUUUGGGAAUUUCUUUUGGAUGGUCUGUUCCUGGGUGGUGCCUGGGUGUUCUCAGUUUGUGGUCUUUUUCAUAACCAAGUAUUGUCUCAGGGUAAACUCCUGAGACUUGGGCCUCUAUUGAGCUUGUCAUGAUUGCCUCCUAUAAUACACAAUUAAAAACUGUGGGGAAAACAAAACAACAACAUA